AUGGACUCCGCCCCGCGUAAGAUUCAGUGGCUGAAACGCAUUAUGAAGGAUCUGGGCGACGACCAGGAGUGCGCAAUGCCAAACAGGCAGAAGGUUGCAGAGCGCUCUGCAACGCAUCCAACUUCGUGUCAGGGCGAAGAUGAUAGCGACCUGGACCGACUGCUGCGCCGUGCGGUGCUCCUCCUCCGCAUGAAGGCUACAAAUGCACAGCGUGAUAUUGUGUUGUUUGGGGAAGAUGGCGAAGCGCCAGUGGAGGCGACGGAUGGCGAAGAACAGGACAAAGAAUUGGACGAACUACUACAGCGAGCAACGCUGCUACUUCGUCAGAGGCUGGCUAGGCAAAGACCACAGGAAGAUAACGUGACAGCACUGGCUACGUCGCAACGUGAAGAAGAAGACGAAGAGUUGGAUAAGCUGCUGCGACGAGCAAUGCUGCUGUUUAGCGAACGUCGUAAAGUGUCAAACGGGGAAGAUAACACCGAGAUAGACGGUGAGGUAGAUAUAGUGCGGUUGAAGAUGAUUGAUGUGGUGAAGGGGUCUGCGUCGCCAGGAUCACCGGGCAUGACCGACGGUUAA